CUUAAUAGCGCCUGGUCAAACAAGUCUACACGGGACGGUUCAAGAACCAUCAGGCCUACGAUAUCUCCGCUCGACAGCUAGCACCGGCUGUUGACCGCCACAACCGUCCGAUGCAUAGCGUGGGGUUGGUUUCGGGGGGCAGGCGCUUGGCGUUUGCAACCAGGAACGGGAAUGUGGCAAAGCCCCUUCCUUUCCUGCGCGUCGCACAGCCGCGGGUGGCCACUCCGCCGAGCAAACCGGCGGAGAACAAGGAUACACCUGAUGAUGUGGUAGACGUUGAGGCGACGAUAGUCUCACCUGCCCCGGCGUCAUUGGCAGCCCCGGCACGCGCACCCGCAGCCCCGGCCCCGGCAGCCCCGGCCACUGCAAGCAGCAGCGCGGGCCCCGCCGAGCCGGCUCCAGAGCUGGAUCCAGCUACCUCGGGCUCUGAGGACGAUCGCACCUCCAGCGCGGCUGCUUCCACCUCCACUUCCACGUCCAGUGACACCAGCGCCAAACCGGCGACCAGCCACCCGCUUGAGGAUUUACCUGAGGAGGUUGAGGAGGACCUGAUUGCGUCCAAGGAGCUGGUGGCGGAGAUCAUGGACGGCUCAGCAAUGGGGCGGCGCGGGGAGGGCUGGCUGCUGGCCACCCUGGCGGCGCUCACCAUGCUCGUGUUCCCGCCCCUCACGCUCAAGGGCCUGGUGGACUUCCUCGCAACGCUGGCCCUCACGUCCGGGGCCAUUUUCAUCAUCACCGCGCUCUUCACGCUGGGCCGCAACCUCAGCCCGCUGCUGCAGCCGCGCAAGAAGCACUCGCUGGUGGUGUCGGGCAUCUACAGCUACGUGCGCCACCCCAUGUACGGCGGACUCAUGCUGGUCGCAGCCGGCUUCACCAUCCUCACGCGCAACGAGACGCGCCUGGCCAUCCUGGCGCUGCUGUGGUACAUCAUGGAGCGUGUGGUGGUAACGGAAGAGCGGGCGCUGUCGGAGCGGUAUCCCGAGUAUGCUGAGUACAAGGCCAAGGUCAAGAAGUUCCUACCCUUCAUCUACUGAGAGAAGAGGAGCAUGCGAGUGGAGGAGCUGAGGAGAGUGUGCUAUACCGCUAUGGUCAUGUACGGCUUGUCACGCGCACCAUGAUUGCGUCGUGCGGGAAUGCGGCAGUUAUGGUGAGGGCCACUGCUGAGAGCCGCUGCUGUCACGCCUGCCCCGCAGUCAGGGCAGGCGCCCAGGAGCCGUAUCACGGUCUGUCAGGGACGGUCCUCUGGCUAGGGUGCUGUUCGGCAGUAGCGCGCACGAGGACAGCACGCAUUCCUUAGAUGGCAUACGUAUUAGUAUUUGUUAAUGCCUAUUGCAUGUAAAUAGGCGGCGGGGAAAAUUCGGUUGCAUCCUGAACAUUAAUUGGUGCGUCAAGCCAUUGCAAGUGAGGGAGGAACUAAAGCGGUUUACAAGAGCGGUUUGCGUGUGUUUACUUAAGGGAACGGGGCUCAUUGGCCCCGUGCAAGUCUCGUUCAGGAGUGGAUUGCGGUAGCGUAGGCAGCAUUAAAACAUAUGAGAGUUGGACAGAACCGAGGUACUGUAAUCCAGGUGUUUG